AUGGCGCUGGUGGAGCCUGGGAUCUGGGGCACUAGACGAGAUGUCUACCCCCUGUUGCUGCUACUGCUACUGCUGCUGCUGCUGCUGCCCUGGGUCCCGGCUGGGUUGGUUCCUUCAGAGACUCCAAGUGUCUGUGCCUCAGACCUGUGUGCUCCAGGGACCAAGUGCCAGGCUACAGAAAGUGGUGGCUAUACCUGUGAGCCCUCAGAGCUUGGAGGCUGUGCUACUCAACCAUGCCACCACGGUGCACUGUGUGUGCCCCAGGGCCCAGAUCCUAACAGCUUCCGUUGCUACUGUGUGCCUGGAUUCCAGGGACCCCACUGUGAACUGGACAUCGAUGAGUGUGCAUCCCGGCCUUGCCAGCAUGGGGGCACCUGCCGAAAUCUGGCGGAUCACUAUGAGUGCCACUGUCCCCUGGGAUAUGCAGGCGUGACCUGCGAGGCCGAGGUGGACGAGUGCUCGUCAGCGCCCUGCCUGCACGGAGGCUCGUGCCUGGACGGUGUGGGUUCCUACCGCUGCGUGUGCGCACCGGGAUACGCUGGUGCGAACUGCCAGCUAGACGUGGACGAGUGCCAGAGCCAGCCGUGCGCGCACGGUGGCGUGUGUCACGACCUGGUCAACGGUUUCCGGUGCGACUGCGAGGACACGGGUUAUGAAGGCGCGCACUGUGAGCAGGAGGUGCUGGAGUGCGCCUCUGCGCCCUGCGCGCACAACGCGUCCUGCCUCGAUGGCUUCCGGAGCUUCCGCUGCCUUUGCUGGCCAGGCUUCAGUGGAGAGCGGUGUGAAGUGGAUGAGGAUGAAUGUGCAUCAGACCCCUGUCAUAAUGGGGGCCGGUGCUUGCAACGCUCUGACCCGACCUUGUACGGGGGUGUUCAGGCCAUCUUCCCGGGAGCCUUCAGCUUCAGCCACGCUGCUGGCUUCCUUUGCAGCUGUCCUCUGGGCUUUGCCGGGAAUGACUGCAGCGUGGAUGUGGAUGAGUGUGCCUCAGGGCCGUGCCUCAACGGAGGUAGUUGCCAGGACCUGCCCAAUGGUUUCCAGUGCUACUGCCAGGAUGGAUACACAGGCCUGACAUGUCAGGAAGAUAUGGACGAAUGCCAGUCAGAACCAUGCCUGCAUGGUGGAACCUGCAGUGACACUGUAGCAGGCUACAUCUGCCAGUGCCCCGAGGCCUGGGGUGGACAUGACUGUUCUGUGCAGCUCACAGGCUGCCAGGGCCACACCUGCCCACUGGCUGCCACCUGCAUCCCCACCUUCAAGUCUGGCCUCCACGGUUACUUCUGCCGCUGCCCACCAGGGACCUAUGGGCCUUUCUGUGGCCAGAAUACGACCUUCUCGGUUGUGUCUGGGAGUUCUGUGUGGGGAUUGGUGCCAGUUGGUGCCUCCCUGGGUCUGGCACUGAGAUUUCGUACCACGCUGCUUGCCGGAACCCUGGCUACUCUGAGGGACACUCAGGACAGCUUGGAGCUGGUUCUGGUGGGGGCUGUGCUCCGAGCCACACUCUCGAGACAUGGCACUGCCGUGCUCAUCCUUACACUGCCUGACCUAGCCUUAAAUGACGGGCAUUGGCACCAGGUAGAAGUGGCGUUCCGCCUGGGAACCCUGGAGCUGCGGCUCUGGCACGAGGCCUGCCCCGGCCAGCUCUGUGUAGCCUCUGGUCCUGUGGCUACAGGUCCUACAGCCUCGGUGGCCCCUGGGUCUCCGGGGCCCUACUCCAUCCAUCUGGGCGGUGGGGCCUUUGCCGGCUGCUUCCAGGAUGUGCAUGUGGAAGGGCACCUUCUGCUGCCGGAGGAGCUCAAUGGAACCGUGCUUCUGGGUUGUGAGUACAGGGAACCUUGCCUGCCUCUGCCCUGUGCCCACGGAGGGGCCUGUGUGGACCUGUGGACUCACUUCCGCUGCGACUGCCCGAGACCUUACCGUGGAGCCACAUGCACUGAUGAGGUUCCUGCUGCCACCUUUGGCUUGGGUGGCGUCACGAGCUCAGCCUCUUUCCUGCUCCACCAGCUGCUAGGCCCAAACCUCACCGUGUCCUUUUUCCUCCGCACCCGCGAGCCUGUGGGCCUGUUGCUCCAGUUUACCAAUGACUCAGUUGUGAGCCUGUCUGUGUCCCUGAGUGAGGGCCAGAUCCGGGCUGAGGGACUGGGUCAUCCUGCUGUGAUCCUCCCUGGGCGCUGGGAUGAUGGACUCCCCCACUUGGUGACGCUCAGCUUUGGGCCUGACCAGCUGCAGGACCUGGGCCAGCGGCUGUAUGUGGGCGGGAGGUUCUACCCUGAUGACACCCAGCCCUGGGGUGGGCCCUUCCGAGGCUGUCUCCAGGACUUACAACUCAACGGCAUCCACCUCUCCUUCUUCUCUUCCCCGAUGGAGAACUCAAGUUGGCCCAGUGAAUCGGAAGCUGGUCAGUCCUCCAACCUCACCCAGGGCUGUGUCUCUGAGGACAUGUGCAAUCCCAAUCCCUGUUUCAAUGGUGGCACGUGCCACGUCACCUGGAAUGACUUCUACUGUACCUGCUCGGACAACUUCACGGGGCCCACCUGUGCCCAGCAGCGAUGGUGCCCCAGGCAGCCAUGCCUGCCGCCUGCCACCUGUGAGGAGGUUCCAGAUGGCUUUGUGUGUGUGGCCGAGGCCACGUUCCGUGAGGGCCCUCCUGCUGUGUUCACAGGCCACAACGUGUCCUCGUCACUCAGCGGGCUCACCCUGGUCUUCCGCACGCGCGACCCCGAGGCUGGGCUACUGCGCGCAGCUUCCGCCGCAGGUGCCCACUCCAAUAUCUGGCUGGCGGUGCGCAACGGCUCGCUGGCAGUAGAUGUGGCGGGUUCGGUGCUGCCCGCGCCCGGGCCGAGCGUGGCCGACGGCGCCUGGCAUCGCGUGCGCCUAGCCCGGGAGUUCCCACAGGCCGCUGCCUCACGCUGGCUGCUGUGGCUGGACGGCGCGGCGACACCCGUGGCUUUGCACGGCUUGGGCGGCGACCUGGGCUUCCUGCAGGGCCCGGGUGCAGUGCCUCUGCUACUGGCUGAGAACUUCACGGGCUGCCUGGGCCGCGUGGCGCUCGGCGACCUCCCGUUACCCUUGGCGCCACCGCGGUCCGGCGCGGUGUCUGGGGCGCGCGAGCACUUCGUGGCCUGGCCCGGGUCUCCGGCCGUGAGCCUCGGCUGCCGUGGCGGACCCGUAUGCUCACCCUCGCCCUGCCUGCACGGUGGCGCCUGCCGCGACCUCUUCGAUGUCUUCGCUUGCUCCUGCGGCCCCGCCUGGGAAGGACCCCGCUGCGAGGUCCACGUUGACUCAUGUCGCUCCUCUCCCUGUGUCCGGGGCCAAUGCCACGCGCGCCCCGACGGCCGCUUCGAGUGUCGCUGCCCUCUGGGCUUCUCCGGCCCGCGCUGCAGGUUGCCUGUCCUGCCUCAGGGAUGCAGCCUCAACUCCACCUGCAAGGAUGGCGCCCCUUGUGAAGGUGGCCCCUUAGGCACCAACUGCAGUUGCCAGGAAGGCCUUGCUGGCUUCAGAUGUCAGAGUCUCGACCAACCCUGUGAAGCCAGCCCUUGCUUGAAUGGGGGCACCUGCCGGGUGGCCAGUGGCAUAUUUGAAUGUACUUGCAGCGCAGGAUUCUCUGGCCAGUUCUGUGAAGUGGUGAAAACCCUGCCUCUGCCUCUGCCGUUCCCACUGCUGGAGGUAGCAGUGCCUGCAGCCUGUGCCUGCCUUCUCCUUCUUCUCCUGGGCCUCCUCUCAGGAAUCCUGGCUGCCAGAAAGCGCCGACAGUCUGAGGGCACUUACAGCCCAAGUCAGCAGGAGGUGGCUGGGGCUCGUCUGGAGAUGGACAGUGUCCUCAAGGUGCCACCAGAGGAGAGACUUAUCUAGGCUUGCCUGGCUCUGGUGCCAUGUCCUGAAGGUCCUAAAGGGUCACCGCAGGACGUCUAUCUGGAGACCCAAGGAGACUGUUUCCAGAGCUGGGACAUCCACAGGAUGUGCCCCCAUGGUUGGCAGCCCUUGCUCUGUCCAUCAUGGACUCAGGAAAUGGGGAACAACUCAGGGAAGCAGAGGAAGCUGUUAGAGUGUGCACUUCUCUGACUUGCUGGACUGGAUACAGGGCACAUGUGGGUGCCCAUGGUAUGACAGGGUGUGUGCAUGUGUGUUUGUGUGCAUGUAUGUUUGUGUAUGUGUGUAUCUUUCUGUUUGGGGAGAGGAGGAAAGAGAGAGGAGAGGAGAAUAAGACUAUACAUAGGGAUGUGUUUGUUUGCAGAUUGUAAUGUGUUAUGACUGUGGUAAGGGCUUCAUAUCUGCGGACCACCCACAUGGAUACCUCUGGGACAGGGGCAGCCCAAGGCUGCACGUUCUCUAGCACUGAACAGGCCAGCUUACCCAAGCACCUAGACUUUGGUCUUGACAUCUUGUUCAACCUCCAAGAACAGCCUGGAGAAGCUGGGAUAGGGAGGAGUCUCCUUGGUUUCCAGAACAAAAGCCCUUUGGGCAGAUCUGACUGACAAUGUCAUGGCCACGUCUGUAGGGCAGGUCUGUAGGAACCAAGGAGCGGCUGCCCUGCCUGCUGUCGGCAUUUGCCAGAGUGGAGCAACCAACCUGUCUGCCUACCUCACAUCACACUAUUCUGAGGAUCCGAGAGACAAACAGGCAGAAAACUCCAGUCUGAUGGAAGAACCGGCUGCCCUUGGGUGUUGGAAAGUGUCCCUCCUGCCUAGAGUUGAAAAGGCUUCCUGGGACCCUGGCAAGGAGGCCAGAGAGGUGCAAGAGUGGAGAUGCUAUUCUCUUCUGUCCCUGACCCCUGCAAACUCACCAUCUUGUGGUUCUCUGGCACAGACUGCCCCUUUGCCUGCAGUUCUGUUGCCAAGGCUCCGUUGUGUGCCAAACAACAGUGCCCAGCAGAUGGACAUCAGGCAGCUUCUGCAUUGGCGCUCAGGCUGCAGAAGCCGAUUACAUCCUGUGGACAUUCAGUGUGAGUGACUUCUGACAACUCCUCCCCCAGGGCAUUGGCCUGAAGGUUUAGCCUCCCUUGAACUUCCCAGAGGCCUCUGACUUGGAGAUGUGUCCUCUGUCGGCUCUGUUUACCAGGCAGUGCCUCCGUGUUGGAGUUUCCCGUGCAAACGCCAGGUGGCUUUUACACAAGGGAGCCGGGUGUCUCCAGGUUUCAGCUGCCUCCCGAGGCACAGACUUGGGGGCACCAGGAGCUCAGUAGAAACUUUGAUAUGAGACCCUGGAUGCUUAGCUAGGAGGCCUACUUGGUUCUUACCCUGUAGUGGUGAGGCCACUUUGCCCCAAGCUGUCUCCAUGUCCCUUGGGAGAGGGGAGAGGAAACAGGUUCUUGGGUGAACUGUUGCAGUUGCCAGCUCCUAAGAUGAUUCCUGUGGAAUGCCAAUGGAACGAAACAUCCCAGUUCCACGUCAGUGUCACCAAUGUGGCCUACACAAGUACUCACUUGGGGGAGAUGGUGUUCUUGCUGAGACAUGGGGGAGGGGUGGAGCUUGUUCCUUCAUGUAGUCCUGCCCACGUGUCCAUUGUGAUUCCCUCAUGGGGAGGGAUGGUGUAAGUGGCUCAGAGCCUCAAGCGUGCACAGGCUGGAGGACAGUGGCCUCUACUUCUGCAGGAUGGCUGGUGGAGGUGGCCAAGUACCUGCUCAGGCAGCCACCCCCUAGAGCUCCUUGUAGGACUCAGGACUACAGCCCUCUCCCCAGUUUUAUUGACCACAUAUAGAGUUCAUCAUUGGAUUGCAAAGUCUACCCAGUGAAAUGGACAGAUGACAACAAACAUAUGUGCUGGCCUCCCCACCCUACCUAAGAAAACCACAGGUGUGUGCCUUCCUAGGCUGCCUGACACCCUGUCACCCUACUGGCCCACUGGGCUGUGGCACUGCCUCAUCUUGGGUGGAACCUAAAAUUUGCUAGGAUGGAGGAAGUGGGGCUGAGGCCUGUCCUGGGACACCAGAAUGCCAGAAGGCUUCCCACGACCCGGUGUGACUCCACUCCCUGGCAGCUGAGCACACCACCAAGACAGAGCCCUGGGGAGGGAGGGCUACAUCUCUGGCCUAGGCCUCAGGGACCCAUAAACAACCUCUCAGACACAGAGAGGGUCCCUAAAGUGACAGGGAUCUCUGAUGACCCCACCCCCUUAUUCCCAGCCCCCAGAAACCCUGGGGUAGGCUGUCUGACCAUUUACACAUAGGAAAUGAGAAAUCAGGUCAA